UCUGAAAUUUAAUCAAAACCACCAUGAAAACCUACAUUCACUGCAAAUCCUACCCAAACCCAUUUCUGAACUCUCUUUCUUUACUUGUUUUUUACACUGCCUUUUGCGCCAUUGGCAUUGAGCUCUCCUCCUCUCAAGCACCGACGCUUGUUUUGCCCCUCAAAACCCAGGCGGUUCCAUCUGGGUCCGUCCCAAGACCACCAAACAAGCUUCCCUUUCACCACAACGUGAGCCUCACCGUCUCUCUCACCGUCGGCACGCCUCCCCAGAACGUGACCAUGGUCAUCGACACAGGGAGCGAGCUCUCCUGGCUACACUGCAACAAAACCCGAGACUUUCCUACCACGUUCGACCCGACCCGAUCCUCCUCCUACUCGCCCAUCCCCUGCUCCUCGCCCACCUGCACGAACCGGACCCGGGACUUCACGAUACCCGCUUCGUGUGACUCCAGUCAGCUCUGCCACGCCACGCUCAGCUACGCUGACGCGUCCUCCUCCGAAGGAAACCUCGCGUCCGAUACGUUCUGUAUCGGAAGCUCCGAGAUCCCGGAUAUGGUUUUCGGGUGCAUGGUUUCGAGUUUCAGCUCCAACUCUGAUGAAGACUCCAUGAACACCGGGUUAAUGGGUAUGAACCGUGGGUCCCUCUCUUUCGUUUCUCAAAUGCAAUUUCCGAAAUUUUCGUAUUGCAUUUCGGCUUCCGAUUUCUCGGGCCUGUUGUUACUCGGCGACGCCAACUUUUCGUGGCUGGCACCGUUGAAUUACACGCCGCUGAUCCAAAUCUCCACGCCGUUGCCUUACUUUGACCGGGUCGCUUACACGGUUCAGCUCGAUGGGAUUAAAGUAUCGGAUAAGUUGCUCCCGCUACCGAAAUCAGUGUUUGUACCGGACCACACCGGGGCGGGUCAGACCAUGGUGGACUCGGGGACCCAGUUCACGUUCUUGCUGGGUCCGAUUUACACCGCGUUGAGGAGCGAGUUCUUGAACCGGACCUCUGGGGUUUUGAGGGUUUUGGAUGAUCCGAAUUUCGUGUUCCAAGGAGCUAUGGACUUGUGCUACCUGGUCCCACUGAGUCAACCGAGACUGCCACGAUUACCAACGGUGACUUUGGUGUUUCGGGGGGCCGAAAUGACGGUAUCGGGCGAUUCGAUCUUGUACCGGGCACCGGGUGAAGUUAGAGGAAACGAUUCGCUGUACUGCUUCACAUUUGGGAACUCUGAUCUGCUGGGCGUGGAGGCGUUCGUGAUUGGCCAUCAUCACCAGCAAGACGUGUGGAUGGAGUUUGAUCUCCAAAAAUCUAGGAUUGGUUUGGCUCAAGUACGGUGCGAUUUGGCGGGUCAGAGAUUUGGUUUGGGACUGUAGGUCCCACGAGCUUGUAGCUAUAGAUUUUUUCAAUGGACGACGGAUCUGUAGUUUUAGAUUAUUAUGUAGUCCUUGGGCCAUGCUAUUAUAGUGGUCAUAGGGAUUAGUUACCGUCCGAUCUAUGAUCCACCCGCUUUGUAUGAGGUGUAAUCAUAGAACUGGUGAGCCAUUUGAUUGGACGGAAAUUAAUAAUUGUUAAGAAAGAAUAAGAAAGAGAGAUUGGGAGAUGAUUUCCCCCGCUUUGUACAUGGAA